AGCAGCAAAAUAAAAAUAUAAAAAAUUAAAAGCGAGCCAACGCUCCAAGCCGCGCCUCCUCCGCACGGGGAUAAAAGCCGCCCCGGCGUCACGCGCACAGAGCAGAGAACGGCCACUCCGCAGCAUCCAAGCCAAGCCACCCACGACGCCGCCGACGGAACCGCCGCUGCAAAACCGCCAGAAAGAAGCACCUCGCGAGCGGCGGCGGCGGCGGCGCUGAUGGCGUGUUGGCGGAAGAAGGUCGUGUUCCGGGCGCGCCGUGCGUGGGCCGCCGUCUCCAGCCGCGUCCUCCGCGGCAGCAAGUCCGGCAGCGGCGGGAUACUGAAGCUCCACGAGGACGUGCAGACCUGCGGGUACCAGGACGUGCAGGUCAUGUUCGACAUGCUCACCUCUGAGUUGGAGGCGGCGCACGCCCGCAACCGCAAGCAGCCUCCAUCGCCCCCGCCGGCGUGGUCCAGCCGCUUGUCGUUGUCCUCGGCGUGACCGGGGGCAGCACUGGAGAGAAGAAGACCAUUCGUUGCAGUGCAUGGCACUCACGAAGAACGUUACCAUGUUACCACUAGUUUACAAGUUACUGCUGCCUGUGCAUCAGGCGACCAUCCCCCUGCUUCUUCAUCUACCCCCGGCGAGAGAGCGAAAGACCGCCCUGUUGAUGGUGUGUAAAUAGAGGCGGUGUCUGAAGUUUUUGCCAGCCGGGAGGAAGAGGGAGGCAAGUGGGGUUUCAUUUCAAUUGCUGUCAUUUUCUUGUCAGAUUUUGCGAGGUUUUCACAUGCUGUGCGUGCAUUUGGAAGAAAUCGAGACUUGUUUGUUUGUUCGCAUAA